AGAUAAUAAGUAAUAAACUUUUGGCAUAGCAGGAAUAAAAUGGGAGCACAGAACUGAACACUGCACGUCUUCCUCACAUUUAGUUUUUCCAUUUCCUUUAGUCAAAAUUGUGCCGCCUUUAAGAGAUGCAUUAUUUUUCUACGCAAUAAAACAAAGAAAAUAGGUGACUUAUAUUGAUCUGGUGAAUGCGGUUAUUAUAGUCCUGCACUUCAUAAAAAUGUUCUUCUUCAAAAUUAUGUGAAAUAAUCUGAAUUUGAACUUGGAACACAAGUGAUGAACCCUAACGCUCAGGAUGAAAUUUUACAAUAUGGGUUCUGAAGCAGCUACAAAAUUUUAGACAGAGCCAUCACAUUAGCACCCACAUUUUACAAAACUUAAAGAACUAUGGAGACCAUCUGUUCAGUUAGCUGCAAACCACUUUGCAGGAUUUAAGGUCUGGAAAAUGAAAUUAUCUAGCAGAGAUAUAAAAGGUAUCAGUGGCUGGAAGUUUACCCAUCGUCAUUUAGAAAUGAGAUGCACUUUUUCACAUUAAAGUUAUAGCAUUUUAUUUAUAGCACAUGAAAGAUUCACUAAGAGCAAUGGUGUACAUUCUGUGAAUCACUUCAAAUUAAAGUAUGAAGAUUUUCUAAUAGAAGUUGUUUAACUGAAUCGGAAUUUGGGACCUGAUGUGGAACUGCUGAAUGGAACACAUUCUUGUGUCACCCAAAAGAGGCAGAAUUGGGUCGAACUGUCCCUGCUGGCCUCCAGAUCUGUGAAUCUGGGAGCCUGUAGGUAAAGCCACGACAGUUAAAUAGUCAAGUCGGGGCCAUGGCACUGAAAGGGAACACCGUUCCUCUCGAAUGGCAGUGGCUUUGGUAAUUGUUCAGUGCUGUGCUGUAUAAAACCUACUGUAGAUCGGUAGGUUUUUUCAAAACGUUAUCAAUACACUACAUCCCCAAAAGUUUUUAAUAGUUUCAUGUGUUUCAUUUUUAGAUUGUACUACACAAUAACCACAUGAAAUCCUAGAAAGCUCGAGCUCAAACAUGCUGAGUCUCUUUCACCAUUAUUAUUAGAACAUCUGAUGAACAGGACAUUAUUAGCCCUUUAUUUUAAACAGUGGUUAAAAACCUGGAGUUCUAAGAAACGCGUGGUGGCCACCUGUUGAAGAAUGAGUUGUAGUGUGUGAAUGAACUACAUGCAGCAUGUAUCACUCUCAUGUAGCAGAAAUUUUCAUUACUUUAAGCAGUUAUAAAUAAGCUAUUUCAGACUAUAAGUCUUUAGAAUUAUAAAUUUUCUCACUGUGCGUAUAGCAUAUUUAUAUUAUCACAGGAUGCCGUUCAUGGAAUGAUUACUUACAUAAUUAGAUUUUGUGUUGCUGAUUUACAAAUCCUGUAACCAGUCAGGGGAAAGAACCGAAAUCCUAAUAUACAAACUGGGGUACAAGAGAGCUUGAAAAAUCUCUUUGCUCUCUGAAUAUGUACCGUAAAAAAGUUGAAGUCAAAUUUUUACGUUGAAGAAAAAAUGCAAUUAUGUUCCUUACACAAAAUUCAAGUGGCUUAUUGAUAACUUGGACAGGACUCUCCAGUGUUAAGAUGUAUGGUAUUAUGAAGGGUUUUUAAAAAAAUCAGAAAGUACGUCAGCAAACAAUUGUAAGAGGAAAGAUUUCAGAUGUUUUUGUUAUCUUGACUGAAAAUGAUUUCAUGUUAUAUGGCCAUCAGAGGAGGUUACUAAACACUUCAGAGUGCUCAUCUGAGUAAGAAAAAUAUCCAACAAAAUGUGGAGAUGUAGUGGUGAUUGAUACACUUUGCUCUCCCUUCCUGUCACCUUCAGAAGAGACUUUCCAGCCACUUAGAGAGGAACUGAAGAACGUUCCCCAUUCAUUUUUCCCCAGUGGCUGUCACCUAACUGGCAUAUGUCCUUACGGGUGUUGUAAAGUAUCUCAGAUUGCCUUUGGAAGUAAUUCACCAGUGUGAACUUGCCUUUUGAAGCCUGCGCUGUUUGUAACUGUGCACAUUAACAGAAUCAACAAGGCAGAAAUGGCCAAGAUAAUGCAGCAUACGGUCCGGCUGGCGUUGGAUUUGCCUUGUGCUGCGCAGGGUGCGUUCUGAACGCUGCCUGGGAGGGACAUCCAGCAGCCAAGGGAAAGGUCUCUUCUACAAUAACACCCAAUUUUAUACUGCAAACUAACAUCUUUGUCUUUGGGGCACACUGAGCAAUUGUUAGCACCGCUCUGGCAGACACCCUGUACUAGAUUUUGUGAUUAACAUAUUCUGACCAUUUAAUGUUCAGAACAAGGAAAACAUUACGGCACACGACGUAUUGAAGGAAAGUGCUCCCUGCUCCGAGCUCCUGUUCUGCUGUUAAAUAAUAGUAAUGAUCAUUAGUAUCCAUUUAGUAGGAUAGAUUGGCACGGUGCUUUGUAACUAUGAAAAUAACCUUUCAGAGUAGUAAUUGGGGAAAUACAAACUCUCUAAGGAAAUUUUUUUAUUAUGUAACAACGAACUGUCAGUUUGUUAAAAUCCUUUUGGGACCACCUUGUUUCCUUGGAAUUAAACUAGAAACUUUAACCAUGUGAGUAUCAUCUUCAAAACAUCACAAUAUAAAAUACUUCUUUCGUCUUAUGUAGAGGCAAGUUUAGUUGCAUUUCAGAUAAUUUACCAAGUUUAGUUAAUAUCCCUAAAAAUAUUCCAAAAGGAUGAGGUUUAUGUUCCUUUAUUAGGCUGUAGCUGGCAAGCAUAAUAAGAGCAAUACUUUCCCCAAUAUUUAUCAAUAUUUAUUUCUGUUGAAGUAGUAAGAAUAUAACACUCCUCCAUCACGAGUGUUACUCUUUAUUUCUACAUUAUUUGUUCUACAAACACUUUUGUACACAACUGCUCUUUGGUGGAAAAGACAGGUCAAUGUGUGUUCAGAAAUUCCGUAUGUAAUUCCAGAGCCAUCUAACCCAGGUCUGUUCAUUUUCCCAACAAUGUCAUUUUAUGAGUCUCUCACCCAUCUCAAGUAUGCAAGGAACCCCUUGGUCUUGUGAGAACGUUACACUGCAUAAUCUACUACAAAACCGCUAAAUAUUAUACAAGCAGCAGCUAGUACCAAUACUAAAUGCAGAUAUGGCGCACAAGUUACUCUGUUGGCUUUUCCUAUUUUUGUAUUGCUCACUGGGCUUCAAAACACAUUUGCUUCAUCAAAAUUUUCAUUUUGUAGACUGCUACACAUAACAAUUAUUUCAAUGCACCUUUCCCGUUUUCAAGACAAGGUCUGAAAUCACUUUAGAGAGAGGAUGCUCUUUUCAGAUAAGGCACAUGAAAAUGAGGAGGAAGCUGCCGCUAAUUCCCUCAUUUGGGAUGAAGAGCAAAUACGUAGCUGCUAUCACGGAGCACAUUGUAUGUUCACACCCCAGCUUAGCACAUCCCAUGUUCUGCUUAUACUGUAAAUAAUGAAUGUUCAUAGAAACGCUGAAAACACAAUAAUUACUCCACAGUGGAUCUCAGGAUUAAAAAGUGCCCACGUAAUGACUAAGAAAACCUUUUUAACCUUGUGAUCAGCUGAGCUUUCUCCUCUGACCCAUCUCUUCCUUGUACAUCUCUGACUAGACUGCUCUUGCCGUAUGACCUGCAAGUCAGCAAACCCUGAUGGUAUCAGGUCCAGGAUAGAAGGGAGUUCAGAGCUGCUUGUGGGAAACUCCCUUCCAGCUGCCUGGUGAAUCUAAACUCAGCUUAACUGAGUUAGUUCAUACACCCACUUCUACAGUUUGCAUAGAACUCAGUUUUCCAAAUGAAGCUGCUUCUCCAAGUGGAAAAGAAUUAAUAAAGUAUCAGUAAAUUAUUAGUAAAUCUUUUAGGUAAAAUAUAUGUAUCGUAGAAUCAUAGAAUAGUGGAGGUUGGAAGGGACUUUUGGAGAUCAUCUGAUCCACCCCCUUGCUUCAUGCAGCACCAACUUAAUUAAGUUACUCAGUGUUUUGUUCUUGCAAGUUCUGAGUGUCUCUAAGAAUGGAUGUUCCACAGCCUCUCUGGACAUCUGUUCCAGCAUUUAACUAUAUGUGUAGUUUGUGGUAGGGAUGACUGCGAGAACAUCAGAAGUUUAUUAGAAGACUAAUUAGGUGUGAGAUUUGCCAGAGUCUCUAACAACUUAUUAGCCAUUUGUUAAAACUCCUUUUUGCAAUUUCAUAAACCAUUUGCAAGUGGGAUCUUAGUACUAUAUGUGACUCAGAGGUUUCUUAUCUUAAAGCGUGAAUUUAAGCAUCCAUUCAUAAAGUACCUGGAAAAGCGUAUGGGUGUUGGAGCACCAGUGUAUGUCGGUCUCUGCACUAACCCUCAAUUAAUAGCAAGCAGACAGCUGCAGCCUUCCACAGCUGGCACAGCGCCACCGAGACAACAUAACCAGCCUAAUCCCAGUGAGACAAAUGUAGGGAAUACAUCUCAGAAACCCUACAUUUAUAAAAAUAUAGUGGCCCAUUCUACGGAGGCACAUGGAACAAAGCCCUUUGCCACAUCAUUGCUGUAAAUGCAUCCAGGAGCAGCUGAAGUAUUAACACAACCGCCAAGUUAGGAAUCUGACUAACAAAUACAUGGAAAAUUCCCCCAGUAAUAUAUUCACCACUUACAUAUUCAAUACUGCUUCGAGCACAGACAUUUCUAAAUGGUUCCUUGGCUUCAUCAGAGUUCCAGUCUCACCCUGACGCUCGAUACAUCUGCAUCACCUAUCAACAAAAAGAGAAGACAGCCAUAAGCAUGGAGACGUGGCACACACCCGCACCACGACCCUCGGAGCAAUCCGGCAGGUAUCUUGAGCAAGAUCUGUACCUCUCCACCAGAAAAACCCCAGUGGUGUUCCUGGGGACCUCCCUGAAAGGAGUAAUGGAUUCCAGCCCAUAGCAACCCCUGCAGCUGGAAGUCCUGCCAGCACUUGGCUGCAACCCUAUCAUCAGGAAUAAUGACAGUCUAAAAGAACUUGGGACUCAUCAAUUAACACUUCCUUGGCUUGUGUGAAUUACCAAGGCUGAAACAAGACUCGCUGAGGUCAAGGAGUGGUGAGCAGCUGUUGCCAAAGAGCUUUCAAGAGGAUGUGGGGCCUGAGGACAGCAGAAGGGUCACCGUGGUUGUCCCCACCACAGCUCCUGCGAUGGCAGCUCCCAGGGGACUCUGCCCUUGCCGGAGGAGCUAUGGGAGCGUAGUCGGUCUGACUCAGGCAGACAUUUGUACAGCACAGAUGUGUUAGAGCCUUUCGUCUCCCCUGUCAGCAGACAUCCUCACACAGAGUCUGUCUGAUUGCUCCAAAACACGCUCUCAUGUGAAAUCAAUGAAUAUGCUUUUAUGCCUUUGCACCUCCCCAUUUACAGCACCAUCCCCAUGUUUUACAUGCAGAUUUCUAACUAGCUGCACUCUCAGAUGAUUUUAAAUGCAUCUGUCUGAUGAACGCUGACAGCUUUCAGAGCUGUCUGUCCUGCUGUCCGUAAGACAGCUGGUUCCUUCCAGGCACCAGCAGUAAGUUGGUUUUACACUGGACGGAAUUCACAUCUCGAACACAGAUUAAAUCUGCAGUGCAAACCAAUGCAAUAUUGAGGCCAGAACUUGGCCUACUGACCCUGCUCAUCUGAAUGCUGUUUCUGAGGGGAUAACGAUGUAUUAUUAUUCCUUUUUGACAAUUACUCUUUCACAGAUAAUUUUUGAAAUUUUACGUACCAUUCUUCUGUGAUGUUGCAGCGGUAUCCUGGAUACUUAUAAAAUUCUGUGCUCUUAUCAUGCCAUUAUAGUUGCCUAAAGCAUGUUUCUUUAUUCCUUUUUUCUGCUCUACCUUUCUUUUUGGCUCAUUUCUGUAUUCUGCCAUCACAUCAGCUUCAUUUGUGUAACCAAGAAAAUGAAGAAUUCUUCUGAAUUCUGAAAGAAACCUUUGUGUUUCAUGACUUUUUUCUCUACUUUACAAACUGCUACUUCAGCUUUUCACUCAGAGGAUCACCCAACCUUCUAUAGUGUGCAAAGUUAUCUAUUUUUAGCCCUUCUGAAACUUAUCCCUGCGUGGUAUUAUUCACAGAUUUGAUGGUUACUACCUUUGCUAUACGGAUGCUGCAAACCAGUAGCCUUCUAUCCUAGUUUGGAUAGAAAACAUGAAAGGGAUAUAUGAUUUAUCCUUCUGACAUCUCUUUAUCCCUGUCCAGCCAUUAAUAUAACAUGGACAGAGUUCAUUUUCCUCUCCCUGCUGUCUCAGUGACGGGGGAGAUUUUACCAUCCUCCUUCAUGUUCAGGCCUGUACGCUGGGAAUUCUUCUUGGCUUGCUGCUCUGGCAAAUACGUAUUGAUCGUUUCAAAAAUACUUGUCUCUCCCUGUAUACAGCAGCUAGAAAACAAAUCCUGUCACUGGAUAGUCUUUACACCAUACUCAAAAAUUGCUAUUCCACAUCCUGUAUCUUGGAGUAACUACUUAAUUGUCCAUUUGUCCUGUUUUGCAACACAGAGGUACAACUUUUACCAAGCCAUCAUGUCAGUGGAGGCUGUGUUCCUCAACAUUAUCUGCAAAGCUAUUACAUUGUCCUCUUUCAAAGGUCACCAAAAUUCACUUCAAAACCUUUGGUAAGAAGAGUGUGGUGUACAAUGGUGUCACGCUUUAUUCCCAGACAGCAAACAGGACCACGCAGUCGCUCACUCACCUCUCCUAGCUUCCUGUGAAAAUUAACCCCAUCCCAGCCAAACCAGCACAAUGGCCACUUGGACUGCCCAGUAUCACCUUGUACUCCCAGCACACUGCACCCUCCUGUUGUCUCUCAUCUCUCUGGUGCAUAAGCUUUGCAAAGCCAGCAAGCCACACUUGGACCUUUCUCCUCAGUUGCCACAUGGAGCUGGCAAAGCCUCUCUGAAGAGCUGAAGCUCAUGGUUACACUGAAAUCCAAGUCCUCAGCACCUAUGGAGACCACCAAAUGACAAACAGCUCCCCCAAAAUCUAGGCUUUCACCUCUUGGUGCUCAAGUUUACCGCUUCACUGCAAAAGGGCUAAGAAAAUAUUUUUCUACGUACCACACGAGAACAUGUGGCUUAUUUUAUGACAGUCGUACCAGUGGCGUUUGUAAAGCAGUGAGUCAGUGGUAGUGCAGCAGAGUACUUCAAAUAUUUAUUUAUACUGUAUGAUAGCCGGACCUUUGUAUUUUUUAAUGUGGAAUCGUCACUUCUGGCUAAGCUUUGGGAUGGAUGUAAAAGUGUUGAACCGAUGUUCUGACCUUAAAUUGAAUCUGCCUGAAGUCCAUACGGUGGAGAAAAAGACUUGAGUGAGCUGUACAACAGAACACUAAAAUAAGCUGAAUGAGGUAAAGGAAAAAAAACUGUGCAUGAACAUAAACCAGCAUUAUUAUUUUUUUCUAAUCAUAUCAGGUGAAGCUUUUAUGUAAAUUAAUAAUUGCUUCCUGCAUUUCUGGACUUGCUUUAAUGUUGGUGAAAAGCAACCUUAGUGAUAAUCCUAUUUUUAUUUUUUAACUGCUGCUUACACAUUUCCACAUCUGUUUGGAAACAUGAGUAUUUUUAAACAAAUUCCAGGCAGUUGUACUGAAAGAACUGUGAUGUGUCCACAUAAACACUGGUUGGCUUAGAAGUCUCCUCAAGUCCUGCUCCUGUUCCUAUAAACUGCUUUUAAAAUACAAAUAAAAAACCUCAUGGUUUAAAUCCCAGGGAUUCCUACUUUGAUUUUACUUGGAUCUAAGUGGGAAUUACUCCGCUGACUUACAGCACUGUGAAGGAAGCAGAGGCCGAAUCGGGUCCUUACCAGGUUGUGCUGAACUCUUCUGAUAAACACACACAUUUCCCACACACGUACUCUCAGAUGAUCUAAAAUUCUGGAGAAUCCCAUUGAAUUCAGCAGAGAAACAUUUGAGGCAGAAAUCCCCGGUAUUAGCAAAGCUGAGAGCCACACAUGCGGCCAAACCAGCCAGCUCUUUGUAAAACUUAGGAAAAUGUUUUGUCUUCUUGAAUUUAGAUUUCUCAUUCAUCUUUUAGUCAUCUGUGCUUGUCACAGAAAUAGACCGUACAAGAACAGUUCUGCUUCAAGCAAACUUCAACCGUGUCUCAGUUCUCCUAGAUUAGCAGCAUACACUAGCUGUGGUUUUAAAUCUUUCUUACCAUAGUAAAUAGGAACAGAAUUUAUUUUUUACUUUGUUGGUCUACAAAGCAGGGAAAUAUCUGUUGUUUCUAAGUUUAAAGUGUGCGCUAUAACGUUCUAAAUGAAUUUAGCAGGAUAGUAAAAGUUACCAGCUGUACUUCAGUACUGAAAUAAAAGUAAGCAUUUGUCAUCAAAUUCAAAUGUUCUAGAUAGCAUUGGAGCAGAUUCAUUCUGAAAUAAAUUGUGCCAGCAAGUUCGUAGAGAGUGUGUUCAGAUCUGACCACUUUUUAACUUAAAGGACAUCAAGAAUUUGGUAUGGCCUGCUUCUUGCUUUCCUUUCCUCAAGAAAUAUGAACACUGAAAUAAAAUAAUGAACUGAUUUACUGUACAAAAGCAAGCAUGGAUUUUAUAAAUGAGAUACAUCAUUAUGCUUUAAAAUACAUUAUAAAUCCUGCGUUCUUUGGAUUUCCACAAUGUGUUCAGUGUGUUGACUAAUGUUUGUAAGUGAAAGGGAUUUAAACCAUUUCCAGAGGAGCAGCCUUACGGAGUUCUGCCCCACAUUGCAUGACAGUUCUUUUGAUGACACAAAUUCAACGUGGACUACAAAGGAAAAGAUCCUGCCCUUCCUCCAUAAAAAGAACAUUGUCAAGAUUACCUUAACCUCCUGCUAAAGAGUAUCUUCAUUUUUCAGUGCGCUUUUCUUGCACCUUUGAAAACUGUCUUCCUUUCCAAAUGAAAAGCUAAAAUGUUUUUUACAAAAUGCUUACAUUUAAGAAUGAACAGCUGUUGGUUGUGCAACCUAUCAGCAGUAAACCCAGGCAGAAAUAUGUUCCAUAUCAUGAACAUAACCAAUAUGAAAGGGCUUAUGUGAUGAAAUACCUUAUGAUUGAAGGGACUACAUGUUGACCAAGAAGUCGCUUUCUGAUCCCUGUGCCACCUGAUAGUUUUCCAGUCCUUUUCCAAGGGACUGUAUCAGUCUAUAUAAAAAGGCCCUUCUUCCAGGGCAAGAUCCUUGCCGAUAUUAUUAUUGCUGUUUGCUCCAAAAACCACAAUGAUUGUGGCACUUCCACCACAGGUAUUCUUUACACCCAUACAUUAAAAUAUUCUAAUAAAAGAAGGCGAUUUAGAUUACACCCUUAAAUUUAUAGUGGGAGAGAGAAAUGGCUUUAACAGACUGGGAGAUCUGUCAGUGGAGUCAGCAAUGGGGACAGAUGGCAACAAGGGGGGAAACAGAGCCCUUGCUGGAGCUGGAGAUGUGGCACCAGGACAGUUCUCAAAAGAGCCAGAAACAAACAACUGAGAGACCCGAGCAGAAUUUCAGUUUCAGCGAGACUGAACUUCAGAGAAGGGUGGGACUUCCAAGAAAAAUGGCAGAAGGGCAGUAGAGAUAUGAGUGCGUCUCCAAGGAGCUGUGGUUGGCUGGUUUUUGGCAGGCCAGCAGCCGGCUCCGUUUCAUCUCAACUGCUCAGAAAGGCCAGAAGAGCCCUCACACAAAGGGGAAAUCUUGUCGCGUGUGUGAGCACGGAGCAAGGCUGAUCUUUCCAUUUCUUUAAAACACCUGCAUGCCGGGGAAGGUAGAGAGGAUUGUAGACAAAAGGAAGAACAAGAAGGGAAAAUGGGAAUAUCUCAUCAGGUGGAAAGGCUACGGAAGCAAUGAAGACACCUGGGAACCUGAACAUCACCUCCUACAUUGUGAGGAAUUUAUUGAUGAGUUCAAUGGACUACAUGUUACUAGAGAAAAGCGAUCGAGGCAUGGGAAACAGGCCAGCGCUCCCAAAUUUUUACGGGAAAGCCGUGGAUCAUCUGUUGAGAAAAUCCCACAUAGACCUUCUGAAUCUGGGAAGUCUAAAGGGUCAACACACAAAAGGAAGAGAAUUAAUCCAUCUCUUCAAAAACAGAAAAGAGGAUACGCAGCAAAGCCAGCAUCUGCUAAUGACAGGGCUGCUAAAACUGUGACUUACCGAACUACUCCCAGCGGUUUACAGAUCAUGCCACUGAAAAAGCCACAUAAUGGGCUGCAGAAUGGAGAUGGCAGUCACGAUAAAGAUUCUAGACAUUUUGGGAAUGGCUCACAACAGCAAAACAUGGAUUUAAAUGAUCACGAAGGAGAACAAAAUUUGCCCAGCGUGUUGGAAGUUAAUAAUGAUUCACCAGUUGUGAAUGGAAUUGGUUCUUCUCUGGCCAAUGGAAACUUGAAUCUACACAGCACUGUGAAAAGGAAACUAGAUGGGGAGAAAGAUUAUGUCUUCGAUAAGAGACUAAGAUACAGCGUGCGUCAAAACGAAAGUAACUGCCGGUUCAGGGACAUUGUAGUCCGGAAAGAAGAUGGUUUCACACAUAUUUUGCUGUCGAGUCAGACUUCAGAUAACAAUGCACUGACCCCAGAGAUCAUGAAGGAAGUUCGGAGAGCAUUGUGCAAUGCAUCAGCUGAUGACAGUAAACUCUUACUUCUCAGCGCAGUGGGAAGUGUAUUCUGUAGUGGCCUAGAUUACUCAUAUUUAAUUGGCAGGUUAUCCAAUGACAGAAGAAAGGAAAGCACUAGGAUUGCAGAAGCUAUAAGGGAUUUUGUAAAAGCUUUUAUUCAGUUUAAGAAGCCAAUUGUGGUUGCUAUCAACGGCCCUGCUCUCGGGUUAGGAGCUUCUAUUUUACCCCUGUGCGAUAUCGUUUGGGCAAGUGAGAAGGCAUGGUUUCAGACACCAUACGCAACAAUCCGACUCACUCCGGCUGGCUGCUCGUCAUAUACAUUCCCACAAAUUCUGGGUGUUGCACUGGCAAAUGAAAUGCUGUUCUGUGGGAGAAAGCUGACGGCGCAGGAAGCCUGCAGCAGAGGACUAGUGUCACAAGUAUUUUGGCCAACAACAUUUAGCCAAGAAGUGAUGCUACGAGUGAAGGAGAUGGCGUCCUGCAGUGCAGUGGUAUUGGAAGAGUCCAAAUGUCUCGUGCGGAGCUUCCUGAAAUCCGGACUUGAAGAUGUGAACGAGAAAGAGUGUCAGAUGCUAAAGCAGCUAUGGAGUUCUUCCAAAGGACUAGAUUCAUUAUUCAGCUACUUGCAAGACAAAAUUUAUGAAGUCUGAUGUCUUGGCCUAACUUAACGAGAAAACGCUCCACUUGUGACCAGAGUCGAACAUUAGCUGUGUUUGCAAAGCAGAGGCAACGCAUCAUUGAGGAAUUUGUGACAGUGUCUCCUAAUCCAUAUGGUUGUGUCGAUAUCCUUGUGAGCUCCACGGCUGCUCGUAGCUGGUUUGAUUUUGUGUAAGCGAGACGUAGGCAGGCUUGUUCCGUGCACGUAAUCUCGACAGAGGGCUGCAUCUUCCACAUGCUCAUCCCGAUAAAAAGUGUACAUUCCAUGUGCUGAGAAGCACCGCGGAGGCCCAGUGAGGCACACCGGCUGUCACGGUGGAUUUUGUCUGUCCUUCUUAUAACUUAUUCUCGCUGUUGCAACACAUCUGGGCUGACACAGAGGGCUCCAUCGAAAAACUGGGUCAGCGCAAUAUUUUGUAGACCCAAACACCAUAUUUUAGAAAUACUUUAAUGAUUUUUUUUUUCUAAGUUCUAACAGUGUAAUGGAAAAAUCUGAUAAUUUAUAUGUAUAAUAUGUAAAGUUAGUUUACAAAAACUCCUAGGAUUUUUUUUCUUUGUUGAAUUUAUUUAACUUAUUUAUUUUGUGUUCAUAUUCAGCUGUUUAUUGAUGACAGAUCUUAUUUUCAUACUUCCCUUGACUGAACUGGUGGCAUCACAUGAGAAUGGAAACACAUUUUUAGCGGCAAAUUGUGUAGAAAAUAAAGAAUAUGUAGAAAACACACAGAAUGCUGUGGGCAGUAAAAGAAACGGCCACGUGCAUGCUCCUCUAUGUGCAAAAAUGUACAAAAAAUGUAUGAAAUAGAUUCAUUUGCCAGGGUUAAGGGAAAAAAAAAGAAGUGGAUUCUGAAAGUGAGUCCCCCCUGAGUCUCUCUUCACUUUCUGCCUUCUUGAGGAGCAUUGAAGGGCUUGCCAGCAAGAUGCUUUAUUUAAGUUUACUAUAUUCCUGUUAUCCGGAUGUCAGGAACAGGGUGAGUGGUGCCGUUAUGUGGCAUCGUACUGUUUUUCAGGUUUAAACAUCCCCUUUUGGUCUGAAGUCUAAAAGCAAAUCCUUAUGAGCCUUAGUCUAAUUGCCUGAUUCCUCAGGUCUGAGAUAAUUUCUGCUCUGGAGGCCUUUGGGUGUGCGCCAGCAGUUUAUACAAGGUGCUAGGUAUUGAACUCAGUGGAGGGAGAGGGUUUGCUUUGCUUUUCCCGGCCCUCCACAUCUGGCCACCCCACCAUCUGUUCCAGCAACUUACGGCUAUCCGUAAAAGCAGUCCACGAUAAACGACACAAACCCAAUCCACUAUUUCAGAAUGUGAUCCUAGUACUUUUCGGUGACACUGACUGACUUCUGAACACUGGAUCGCUCUCAUUUCUUUCUUGCUAGUCAGGCAAUUAAUAUGGAAAUAACACAAGCACGCUCUGUGACUUCCCCUGCCAUUCUAGGAUGCCCAGAUUAAAACCUCUUGAAGCAGAAGCUUUGCACAUUUGUUUGCUUUGUAAUUUGUGCACUUGCUCUCCAUCCUUGAGCUCAGUGAUGGUUGGUUAUGGUUUAAACCUCUGCAAAUGAGGCUGAUGGGUUUUCUCCCUCCCCGUAUUUCCAUGAAGAGUUUCAACAAAGCCUUUGUAAAGUUAACAAACAGGUGAUUAUAGCAAACAGUAGCCUUUGAUAUAUUAAUAUAACAUUUGUUUUUCCACAAAGAAUUAGAAGUGCUGUUUCUGUGGCCUAAUUGUACCACUGAAUUUUAAGGAAACCCUAAAGGCAGAAGUUCUUAUGGAAAUUCUUCAUUAAAAAGACAAAAACCUGGCUUCUAGUUCGCCUGUUUUCAAUGCUUUCCAAAAACCUAUCAAAGCAAGUUUACUGAUUUUUAGAUGUCUGAAACGGAACUCUUUCAAUAAGUCUUUGAAGCGACAGAUGCACCGCUUGUUUUAUACUAAACCUUGCCUGUUUCCACCACCUGCCCCGAGGCCACCGAGCAGCCCCCGGCGCAACCAGAGGGUGACUCAAGUGACAAGCACUCACAUGCGUACGUGUUUGCACAAUCAGGCCUCCCGCAUAGGACUUCAAAAUCAAACAGACAAAAAGCAAUGGAAAGUACCAUGAUUCCUCAAUUUCCUUCAUUUCCUUUCUUCCCGUCGAGAGAGCCAUAACUCCUAGUCAUGUGUUAAUAAGAUAUUAGGAUGUUUAUUUCAAUACUAUGCUUGUUUUUGUAGAUAAAUAUAGAGAAAUUGCUCAGCAAUGUGAAGGUAUGCUUUCCAUAGGAGAUUUUCAGAGAGAGAAGCAUCAUAACUUGUUAGAUCUUUAAACUGCAUCGUUUCAUCUGAAUUUUCAGAUAUCUGUAUCUUAGCAUUUUUUAUGACAAAGGAAUGGUUGAAAUACAUUUUCUAGAAUUAUUUUUCCAUUAAAGCAAGCGCUAACCAUAGUUAACAUUUUUAAUUAUUCAUAUCUAUACAGUUACAAUCUAGUUUUCAUGGAAUCUAUUUUCCCUUCAAAAAAAGAGUAAUAACAAUGUCAAAAGCUUCUUUUCCAGUAUUUAAAGAUCAGAAUCAAUUUUCUCUUGUGUUUCUGUCCUUACUGGGUAUUCAGAUAUCUAGAUGUACUGUACAUAUUAGUCUGGGUACCUUUACUAAUAUUCACAGUAUUUAAGAUUAUAAAUGCAAUUUGUUGUUAAGUAUGUUAUUUUAUUCUUGUGUAAAUUGUUUUGUACAAUCUUUAAAAAUCUACAGUUUUGCAUUUGUAGAUAUUAAAGGUAGGCAAUUUAUUUUGUGUUGUCCUGCAUGUAUAUUUUUGCUGUAGAUAAGUGUUGCUUAGUUUACUAUUUCAGUACAUUUCUGUUUAAAUGAAUAAGCUUACAAACUUUAAUACAGUAUAUAUUUUCAGAAUAUAAACUUUUAUAUUUCUGUGGUAGGUUAGGGUAUGCGUUUUAGGCAAUCUUUUUCACUACUAUUAACUGUUCUUUUAAUCUAUAAUAUAAUGGUUUUGUGCCAAUAGUUUUUCAUUAGAAUAAAAUGCUCUUUUAAUGUUAGGGGUAAACAGACAAUUUUCGUUGGGGUUUGUUUUAUUUUGUUAAUUUUUUUUAUUAUUAUUUUGCCAGCCUUUACAGUUUUAAAUGUAAUUUAUAAAUAUAUUGCAUUUGUGAAUAAGCCUUACCAUUAGGUACCAGAAAUCUUUAAAGCUACAUAAUUCCUUAUGUAGUAACUAAGGACUUCCCCAAAUAAUUGCUGUAAGAAAGUUUGCAAAUCAGAGUACAGGGCCUUAAGUUUUUCUUGUGAAAAGGAUAAUACGGGUUGUUUCUUUCGAACAACAUAGGUAGAUGUGUCAGCAUGGGCUUUGUUAUAUAUAAACUGUGCAUUUGUGCUCCCAACCACAGUAGUUUAAUCUCAGGCUUUGUGUGGCUGGGUCUAUAAAAGUCAAAUCUGGCUAAAGCCAGCGCUCUUUAGGAAACACUAAAGAAGUUUACAUAAGAGACUUAUAGACAAUCUUAAUCAUAGUACAUUUGGGUACUUGGUAUCCUAGAUGUGUUAUCUGUGUCUGCCCAAUUAACCGUAUGUUUUAAGCCAUAUUAAAUCUCUUUACUGCUACUUUAAAUACUACACUGAAAGUCAUUCACUAGCUUGCUUACUCACAGACGGGAUUUCAAUUUUUAGUGAAUAAAAAUAUUAUGCCUUCCAUAAAAAACAAAGGACCAAAGAAUCGCAUUAUUCUAACAAAGCAUGAGUUCCUUCGCCAGUGAACUAGUUUGACAUUUUACUGCAGAUCAAAUAGUCUCUUUCUGCUACAAACGCUGCAUUCUCAUCCAUGUCAAGUGUAAGGGGAAAAGAUGUAUCCACAGACCUAUUGGGAACGGAGUGUCGCUCAGCUAGGAUGGCAUGUCUAUUGGUAAGGCUUAUUACCAAACCUCGGAGACGAAGCAAAGAACCAAAAAUUCACAAAUUAUGUCAAUGUAAAUUUAUUUUCAGAACUUGCACAAAUAAUUAAUUGUAGAACUUUGCAAAUUAGGCCCUUAAGUUAUUUUGUCGGGACACCAUGGAACAGACUAAAACAGUUUCUAAUAUUUGUAAUGAUGAGUAUAUACUAUAAUAUUAUAAGGGUACAGGCACCCCUAUAUCACAGUGUUGUAAAUAUUUUCUGAAACUGGUACAGUACGGAGGGACUUGUAUCUUCUGAUAUAUCAAAUAUUGACUGUCUAGAUCAAAUUGUACACAAUUUACUUGUUGAUGGUCCUGUAACUAGUGUAUGGACACAUUUCUGGGUGCCUUAGAAGUUGUAUUUUUCAUGUGUGUUAAUAUGCAGUAUUUAUACAUUGUGAGAAGCUGCUUUGAAUAAAAACAUUGAAACUUCA